GUCUGUUGCUUUCGCUGAGUUAUAUGCACUAGACAGUCUAGCAGUUGCAGACAUUCCUACUGUGAACAUAAAUUGUGAUACAUUUUCCAGAACGCUUCAAGAUGCUAGUUUUCCUGACAAGGCUGGAGGGUUUACCUUCUUUGAUUCAACAGUUGCUUUGACGAAUCGUUUCAUUUUGUGGCGUUCACAUGGGGAUAUACUUGAGUUGCAAGAGUUGUCUUUGCACCAUGACCUCCCAAAUAAUGUUAUCAAAAUCUCCUUCGGAGGUUCUGCUAUAGUUAACUGUCAAAUAACUGAGACACCUAACAAUGUUGUUUGUCUUGUGUGCACCUCUCAUGGAGCUUCACAGUUGAUGUUCCCUCAUCCGCGUGUGAUUUCUACUUCUGUUCAACAUUCCGUUAUCGGUAGCAGUAGAAAUGUUCAUCAUACUUUUCAUCAAAUAAAAGGGCUUCAGCCAAUGACCAUUCGUUGUGCUACAGCAUUCGUACAGACUCAUUCUGGUGCAGUAGUCUUUGCCUAUGGAUUAUCUACGGGUUCCAUACUCGUUGCAACGGUGAAUCUACCUAAUUCUUCUGCCACAGAAGUCACUGAGGUCUUUGAGUUGUGCCAAGCUUCAAUGAUUCAGAAGAUAUGGUGCGGUAUUACACCGUUUUCUAGCAAAAAUGACAACGAUUCUUCUUCCUCACCAUUAGACAUAAGUGCUCUGAGUCUUGGAUCUGAUGAACACUUUUUAGCAACUAUUUGCAAAGAUCACCGUUUAAGGUUAUGGGAUCUCAAGCAUCGCAGCUGUUUCGUUGUAUUAGAUCUCUUGGAGAUGCUACCCAAGACGUUUGAUCUUAGUCCUACUUAUGAUUCAUCUACAUUACACUCAAUGUUUGCACCUGGCUUAUGUCACCGUCUAUCUUCCUAUCCUGCAUCUGAUCAUGGUAUCAUUUUGGUUGCAUACAUGUCUUUGUGUUUAUCUUCAUCUAACAACAUUAGUUUUGACUCUACUUCUUCUAAAGAAGUAAAUUCAAACUACUGGUUUUGGAUGCAUUUGGAUAUCGAUAAAGCUUUAAGUCGUAAUCGAGAAAGUUUAAGUGUACUACAAGUAAAACCAUUAUCUGAACCUUCAUGGGGAAAUAACAGGGAAAUAUGGUCACACCAGAAUGAUCUGAACAUAUUACCUAAAUUAGAAAGACCAGAUGUUAGUGUCUUGGAUUUUAUUCCUUCACAAGUAAUCCAGAAGCCAAGUGGUGGAAAUGAUUCACCUAGAAGUCGAAAAAUGCGUAAAAAAACUCUCGGCGGUAUAUGGUGGAUAGCACAUCAAACAAACUCUGAAAACACUGAUCUAGACAGUAGUUACUUUGUCAGGUGGACAGAAAUUCAAAGCCUAGACUGUGAUACUAACAAACGUAACAGAACUAUUUCAGCUUUCCCACCUGGUGUAAAUUUUCUUGAACCUGUGCCUAGCUGGUAUAAACAUCCUACUUACUUAGUAGAAUCUUCAGACGAUAAAUCAAUAAACAAUAUAUGGGAUGAAACUAGUGUUGACGUUCAGUUACAUAUAUUCUUGGAUCAACUUUUUCAUCCUGGUUGCUUGUCUUGGUUUGCAAUUGCAAAUGCAUUCAAAUCAAUUUGUGAAAGUUAUUCAAUCUUGGAUUGUGAUUCAAUAUUCACUGUUAGUAAUCUUCAUGAAAUGCGUAUCCUUAUACAUCGCACAUUGACAGAUAAGCUAAUUCCAAAUCUUGAUCAUGCUGGUUUCAAGACAAUGUUAAAGACAUUUUAUGCUACAGCUAUUGAUUAUCAUGAACAUGGUUUACAACCUUUGGGAUUGUUACGUUUAAAUACUAUACCUACUACCAAUAGUAUAUCUUCAGGAAAGACAUUGUUUCCUAGUGAAGAUACAGUUAUAGUUAUUCGUCGAUGGGGAUUUUCUAUUCUACGUUAUUUACAAGAUGUGGAAAUUCUAUUAUGGAAUAAUACACCUAUAAUUGAUUGGAUGCAAUCAACCCAUCCUGAUACCGAAAUCAAUACACAAAACAUUAUUGAUCUGACAACAGACUGUAGAAAAAUUUUGCAUAUUCUCCAAGCUCAUCCUAAUUGGCUUCAUUGGAAAGCUAGUCUUUUUGGUCGUACAAAAUCUAAUGUAAACAUCAGACCAUUGGUAUUAGUUGAACAAAUAAUUGAACAACUUGAUCAAAUCAAUGAAUGUUGGCUACCACCACCGAUUAUUUCCUCGGUGAAAUUUAAAAGUCCAUUUUCUACUGGUUCUGUAUCCAAUUCAUAUCUUACUGCUGUCAUCUCUUUAAUAUCUCUUCUAGACAAUUGUGAUAUUAUGGAUAAAAGUAUUCAAUCUUUACAAAGUUUAUUUGAUACUGAGACUAAUUCAGUAAUGUAUGAAGAUAUGGAAAUCAUUGAUCAAUCAUGGUAUAAUAAUAGUAGAUCUGUUGGAGAAAGAAUUGAUAAAGGUGGAAAUAAAAAAUUCAUUAGAAAUCUUUCUAAUUCAAGUAUAGAAUUUGUACGUUUAUCACUUGGUUAUUCUACUGAAACGCGUAUUUUAUUUGCAUUGGCUUUAUUAAUUCUAAUACGACGUAAUGAGCUUGCUUCAAAUGAUUUAAUUAUAUUAUCGGAUAAAACUAAUGUUGGUGAUGACGAUGAUGAUGAUGAAGAGGAGGAUGACGACGACAAUGUUGACGGCGACGACGAGGACGAGGAUGGUGAUGAUCAUCGUCUAGGUGGCAGACAAUCAAAAUGUGUCAAUGUUCAUUGGCAUAGUCAUGCAAAAAAUCGACUUGUCUCAUUAAUUCAUAGUCUUGAAUUUCUGCAUACUUUAACAAUAACUCGUUUACGACCUACACCUGAUAUGGAGAAAUUAUCUAUCAUCAGAGAUCAUUUGAAUAUUCUCGGGAUUCAUGAUAUUCUCCUUUCUACUGAGCGUUUGAAUUCUACUAAUACUACUACUAAUACUACUACUCUACUAUCAGUAUCAGCAAUCAAUCAAACACCAUCUGGUAUGACAAUAUUUGAUCAAAUCUGGUUGAAUUGGGAUUGGUUGAAAUUGUGUUCUUCAUCAUCAUCAUCAUCAUCAUCAUCAUCUACGAAAGCGUACACUUCAUCCUACACUUUUUCUAGUUGGCUUGAAUUCACUAAUCAUGUUUUAUUAGAAUUUCCAAGAUUAUUAUCUCCUACAACAGAUGGUGGACAAGGAAUUGUCUAUGUUCUCUGGUUGUUACUAUGGUAUGGACAUUCAAGUGAAGUGAUCAAAUUGUGUAUGCUUUUAUUGCCUCCAUCCCAAUCAACUCGAAUGAUUAGAAAUGCUAGAAAACAAUUUCAUGAUAUUCUCAAUAAUUAUGAAGAUCAAAGAAUUUGGCAACAAUUGUAUCGUUUUCCAGAUUUAAUCAAUAUCAAUGAUGAUGAUGGUGAAUUGUGGCAAUCUCAAAAUAUUAUCGAUACUACUUAUAAUGAUGUUAAUAAUGGUGAUGAUGAUGAUGAUGAUGAUAAUAAUAAUGACAACGAUAGAAUUUCUUGGUGGUGGCAAAAAGACUAUAGUUUUGUUCAUUUAUGCAUUGGUUUAGCGAAAUUAUGGUUAGGUGAAUCUACAUCAGCUAAGAAACAUUUUACUAUUGCAAGUAAUUGGUUAUAUUGUUAUACACAAUUAUUUGUGAAUAAUUUAACAGAAUUAUCCAUUUCCCGUCAUCAACAUCAUCAUCAUCAUUCGAUUGUAUCAACAAUGAUCGAAUCACCAGUGACAAUCAAUCAUUUUGUGCCCAAAUUGUUAAUUCCAAUAUUAUUUCCAAAAAAAUUUUCAUUAUUAAAAUUAUUCUGUAUAAAUGGAUUAUUAACAGGGAAAGGAAACAGUAAUGGUGGUCUAUCUGGUGGGCAUUCACUUUCUCCAGUUGAAGUACAAAUACGAUUUUUGAUGAAAUUAAUGUCUGUAUUUGAAGUAUCUAAUUAUGUACCGGAAAUUCUUGAUAUUGCGGAAUUCUGUUUGAAUCGAUUAGCUGAAAAUCAAAAUUCCAUCAAAUCAAAAGAUUUUACAAAUCCAAACAAUGAAUUGAGAUCAACUCAUCGUUUAGCUUCUGUGUUAGCUAAUUUACGUGGAAUAAUGGAGAAUGAUAAUCUGGGCGGUUUUCUAUGUGGUUCAGUAAAAAAAGAACAGGCCGAAUUCAUUGAGAAUAAUUAUGGUAGUGUUGAUGAUAAUGAUGCUCAAUGUGAAAUUAAUACACGUUUAGCUGAAUUAGAAGCUGCUUUAUGGACACGAAUGUUUAAACAUGAACUUGUCUUAGGACAUUAUACUAAAGCGUAUAUGAUACUUCGAAGUAAUCCAGAUACUGCUAGGCGUCGAGAUUGUUUACGUCAGUUAAUAGUCACAGUUUGUGAUCGUGGUGAAGCAUCCAAAUUGAUUUCUUUUCAAUAUGGACCUAUGGAAAAUGAAUUUAUUGCAAUAUUGGAAGCUAGAGCUCGUGCUGCUGAUGUAGUCAUAGUACCACAACCAUCAGAUAUAUCUACAGACAAAUCCAAUUCUUUGUCGUCAUCCGCAACUCGUUCUAAUCCAUACUAUGAUGUAUUAUACGCUUAUCAUAUACAUCGUGCUGAUUAUCGUUCAGCUGCAUCUGUAAUGUUUGAACAUUCUUAUCGAUUAAUUGAAGAGACUAUGUUAGCGGCUUCACAAUGGAAUAGUUUACGGUUUGGUGGUGGUGCACGUAUUCUCAUUGGUUUACAACGUCAAGCUGCUUGUCUUGCUUCAGCUAUUAAUGCACUUUAUUUAGUGCCUAAAGAUAAUCAAUGGCUUGUGUGUAUAAGUCCUGUGAAUGAGAAUGUCAUUGUCCAUGUUGAUAAUAAUAAUAACGGUGAAAAUCAUCAUGAUAUCUCUGUAACUGAAUCAGACAGUAUGGAUUCUAUGAAUGAUGACUGGGCAUUUGCUAAUCCUGAUGAUCUUGUCUUAGACAAUGAUGCUAUUGAUGAAGAGCGCACAAUUAAUUCUCUUCCAACUCCUCCUCCUCCCCAUCAUCAAUUGAGAUGUAAUAGUCUGAAUGGAGAAAAACACUCAGUGGACAGUGUAAAACGCAGUGCCACAACAAUUGAUCCAUCUUUACAACAAAUUGGACGAGAUAAACAAAUAAUUACAUUGAAAGAUUUAUUCAAUAUGUAUAUAUUAACACGUGCACGUCUUCGUCUUGCUCAAGCUUGUUGGGAACAGGGAAUGUUAAGAGCUGGUGCAUUUACACUAGAGGAAGUUGUUCAUGGUCUGUUGUCUGUUGCGUUAUAUGAUGAAGCUGUUCGUCUUUGUGAAUCGUAUGAUCUUGAUCCGACAGUUAUUAUUAAUAGUAUAAGUUUACGUUGUAGUGAACUAGCUCAAUCUGCAGCUGGAAGUUUUAAUUUAGCCACUGUGCCACAACAUACUACAUCGAUCAUCACUGCAUCAACUGGUUUCAAUCAAUUCUCAAUUCUACCAGGUUUGGCGAAUGAUUCUUCACCGUUAGAACAUGAAGUUGAUCUAGUUCAACAAUCUUUAUCUAGCUUGAGUACAUUGAAUGUUGAUGUGGCUGCUGGGAACAAUGGAAAUAAUAUCAAUGCAAUUGGAAAAUCCAAUAACCAUUCUAAUUAUAGUUAUUUUAAUCAAUCCAACUUACCGGAAUUGUAUUGGUGUCUUUUGGAAACAGUUCUCACACGUCUAGAUCCACCAAAUCCAACUAAUUCAAAGCCAUCAACAUUUCAAACUAAUAGUCAUGGUCUACUGCAUUUAAUUGCAUGUGAAAAUAUUCUUGCCUCAGGUCCUAAUCAAUUAUAUCUACCGGAAUGGUUAACUUCACGUUUAUUGUCUACUUCAUAUGCAACAGAACGAGCUGUUAAUUUAUUACGAUUGUAUAUAAAAUUUAAUCGUUUAGAAAUAGCAUAUCAAUUAGCAAUGGAUAUAUUGGAAUCAGCUAUGAAUAAUGCUGCAUAUGCAUCGUCGUUUGGUGUACGAUCUACCUUAUCUAAUUCUUCUAUGGAUUCAAUCAAUUCUAAACGAAAAACUAAUAAAACUGUUAUACUAGCAGGUACAAUGUAUCUACCACAUACAUUAUUUAUUUAUAUAUUGAAUACAUUGAAAUUAUUAUCAAUGGAAUCAAAAACUUUUGAAACUAUGUACAGCAAUUUAGAAUCAGCACUAAGAAAUUAUUAUGUGAAACUUCAAUCAAUUUCUCGUGGUUUAAUCAUUCCUGAAGGUUCCACUAUGGAUCAGCGAUUCGAGAACUCUAUGUUAACUCGUAUGAACUACACCUGAAUAGAGUAGUCUAAUCUUUCUAAUAUACCCACAUAAAUAAAACCUACCAAUCCUUGUUUUUUUUUUGUAAAAAAAAUUAACAUUCACUGUAUCAUAUUCUGUUUGUACAAUAUGCAUAUUUACAAAUAUUUUGUAAACAAAUGUUGUAAUUAUUUUGUGUAAUUAUAAAAAUUAUU